AUUUAAAAAAAAAACUGGUCACUAUGGACCGUAAAAAUGUCGACUUCAAAAGAUAAAUGAAGCCUAAACCUGCAUUAGAACUGGGCUAAUGCCGGCAAAUGGGAAAUGCAGUUUUCAGUAAAGAUCAGAACAAGGAAAUCGAAACUGAUGCACUUUGUUUAUAAGCUUUUGCCAGACGCUAGCAUUUGCUCGACUGCUCCUGAGGACCAGACCAGAGCUUCUUGGUAUACAAUGCAAAUCGAUCUGCGGGAUUACCAGUGGGAGGUUGUGCAACCUGCUCUUGAGGGCAAGAAUAUCAUCAUAUGGCUUCCAACAGGGGGAGGCAAGACUCGUGCAGCAGUGUUUGUUACCAGAUGCCACCUGGAAACAAGGGGAGGCAAAGGCAAAGUCGUGGUUCUUGUGAAUAAGGUGCCUCUGGUGAAUCAGCAUUUUGAAAAUGAGUUUAAGCCAGCCCUGAAGCAUGCGUACAAGGUGGUGCCAAUAAGCGGAGAUAGCGAGCUUAAAGAGCGCUUUGCAAUAGCUGUACAGGAUAAUCAUGUCAUCAUCUGCACAGCACAGAUCCUGCAAAAUGCACUGAACAGCACUGAAGAAGAAAAGCAUGUGGAUCUAACAGAAUUCUCUCUGCUAAUAAUCGAUGAGUGUCAUCACACCCAGAAAAAUGGAGUAUACAAUAAAAUCAUGUGCCAGUACAUUGAAAAAAAGCAUCAACACAAAAAGGGUUUACCUCAAAUCCUUGGAUUGACAGCAUCACCUGGAACAGACGGAGCUAAUACAUUUGAGCAUGCCAAGAAGCAUAUCUUGCAGAUCUGUGCUAAUAUGGAUGCCGCUUUGAUAACAUCCUCUAAGGAUUGUAUAAAGGAGUUAGAAGAUACCGUCCCUCAGCCUGUAAAAAGUUAUGACAUUACAGAAGAAAGAAAACGGGACCCCUUUGGGGACACAAUUAAAAUGAUGAUGAGAACCAUUCACUCCCACUUGGAUGAACCUUCAAUCCCUGGAAAUUUGGGGUCACAGAUUUAUGAGCAAGCUGUUGUAGAACUGGAAAAAGAAGGUGCCAUCACUUCCAACAGAAAAAAACGUAAUUGUGCCCUCCACCUCCGGAAAUACAAUGAUGCCCUUCUGAUCAAUGACACAGUGCGCAUGAUUGAUGCGUUGAAAUACCUGGAGGAAUUCUACAUUGUUGAGAGAACUAAAGAUGUUCUUGAUCAAACAGAUCGAUUCCUACUCAGGGUGUUUAAUGAACAGAAGGAAGAGCUGCGCCUACUUUCCUCACAAAAAGUGUACGAAAAUCCAAAACUCAACACCUUGGAAAAAAUACUCCUGAGACGGUUUAGGUUCUCAAACUCCCGAGGGAUUAUCUUCACAAAAACACGGCAGAGCACGCAUGCCAUGCUGGGCUGGAUUAAGAACUGUCAGUCACUGGCAUCCAAAAUCAAAGCAGAAAGCCUGACUGGGGCCGGUGUCAAUAGACAGACCAAGCACAUGACUCAGCAAGAACAACACAAUGUCAUUCAGAAUUUCCGAAAUGGGAUCAUCAACCUUCUAGUUGCCACCAGUGUUGCAGAAGAAGGACUGGACAUAAAAGAGUGCAAUAUAGUCAUCCGCUAUGGACUUAUCACCAAUGAGAUUGCUAUGGUUCAGGCCAGAGGACGAGCCAGAGCUGAGAACAGCACUUAUUCAGUGGUUGCUGUACAAGGAGGGAGAGAGAUAUCGCGGGAAUUUGCAAACGAAUACCGUGAGGACCUUAUGAAAUGUGCAAUAGAGGUUGUGCAAAAAAUGCCACAAAAUGAAUAUCUUUUGAAGAUUCGAGAGCUGCAAAUGGAAGCCAUUGUCAGCCGCAGAGUAAAAGAACAGAAGCAUAACACUGCAAGGAUGGAAAAUCUCACACAGGAUGUGAGGUUUUGUUGCCGGGACUGUAAUGAAGCAGUAUGCCAUGCCAGUGACAUUCGAAUCAUUGAGGGCAUGCAUCAUGUUAAUGUGAACCCAAACUUCCGAAUUUACUACAACGUAUGCGGAAAAAUAAAUCUUCCAAGAAGAUUUGAGGACUGGGAACCAGGCGGGUCAGUGAGCUGUCGGAAAUGUGGUCAGCCUUGGGGAAUGGAGAUGAUCUACAAGUCUGUGCCCAUUCCCAGUUUAUGCAUCAAGAAUUUUGUGGUUGAGCUGCCGAAUGAAAGAAGAAUCUUCAAGCAAUGGAAAAGUGUCCCCUGCCAGAUAGAAGAGUUCAACUACAUUGAAUUUUGUGAAGCCAACCUUCCAGAUCUCUUUGCAGAUUCCCUGUAAGCUUCAAGCUGGCUUUUGAUUGGCUGUACAUUUCUCCAAACAUUUAAUCACAAUCAGUGUAUAAUUAGAAUGAAUUUGCAUCCUCCAGUUUAGGGGGUUUUAGAUAACAAUAUAGGUCCUGAAAUCUUUUCUUCCACACACUAGGGCUGGAAUUUUCCAGCCCCUCAUGCUGGUGGGCGGGGCUGGAAAAUUCCGGCCUAGUUAAGGAAUGGAUUGAGUAGCAUUAUUUAGAGUUGAGGUGAACUGUUACUUCUAGGUGGGGUUUAUAGCAGUGACUGAAUUCUUGAAAUGAAACCUAAAAAUAAAAAUGUUUCUCUCUCUUUUUUAAAAGAAAUUAUUCUCAGGAUGAGGGUGUCACUGCUAAGGUCCAUCCCUCAUUGUCCUGAGGUGUCCAAGUGGUGAGCUGCUGCCUUCAACUGGUAGCUUGGAUUUUAAAUGAAUGGCUUUGUAGGGCCGUUUAGUCGUCCACACUGGCUGUGUUAUCGACCAAGUCGUAGAGACAUUGUAAUUAAAUCCUGUGGAAUUUAAUAUAUGUUAAAUCGUUAUGCACUUCAUUAUCACUGCACUGUCCACGCAACACAGUUAUGAGUGAGUACUUAACAUUCAACCCAUAAUAGAAUGUCAGUCAGUUUGAGUAAUUUUUGCACUUCUUGAAUUAUUAUUAUAUGGGAUUAGAUUUCAGGUGGAAACCUUUUUGCUAUCUGUACUUGCUACAGUUAAUAUGUUACACAUCAUUCCAACUUUGAUCUUGCAAACUAUUUUGCAAGUGUACUGAAGCUAUCUUGUUGUUGCAUAAAGUCUACUGAUAUUAAAGAUCUCAAUACAUCAAUGGUUAAUGAUAAAA